GGAGUGCUUCGCUGCCAUUAAUGGUAUCGAGUUCUUAAGCGCCCAAUGACAACACCAUCACUGUGCUCGAAUCAUGGGCCACUCCUCUUCCCAGGUACAACCGGGCAAUCCUCGUCUCAUUGCCGUUCCCGUAGCAUCGCAACAACGCGAAGACAAACCAUGGCCGAAAUAUGACUACAUCAUAAUUGGAGGAGGCACAGCAGGAUGUGUCCUGGCCGCCAGGUUGUCGGAGGAUCCCAACAACACAGUUCUGCUUAUCGAAGCUGGAAAAGACUCUCAGGGGGACGUACCAACUCAGAUUCCGUACGCAUUUACCAGCCUCUUUCGGAGCAAGCGUGACUGGGACUCACAGACGAUCCCUCAAAGUCACUUGGAUGGAAGGGAGACAUAUUGGCCGAGAGGCAAGCUACUGGGAGGAACGAGUGCGACGAAUGCGUCAAUCUACCAUCGGUGCUUUCCCGAAGAUUUUGAUGAUUGGGUGGCCAACGGAGCAGAAGGCUGGUCAUAUGCGGAGUUGAAACCGUAUUUCUUGAAAGCGGAAGCAUUUCACCCAAGCCCCAAGCACCCUAGAGUCAAUCCCGCAGACCAUGGGGCGUAUGGUCCUUGGCAGACAGGGUUCCCAUUGGAGACAGCGCCCGUCAACGAUUAUAUCAUAGAAGCGUGUAGGGAAGUAGGCAUGAAGAACAUCGACGAUAUCAAUGCAGGCCGAGGCCAGCUUGGAGUCACACGACUCCUCGGGACUAUUGACUCUGAUGGUCGCAGAAGCUCCACUCGGACUGCCUACUGCACAGACGAGAUACUCAAGAGACCGAAUCUCACUGUCGCCACCGAGAUCAUGGUCGAGAGACUCGUGUUCGCCGACGCUACUCCUCAAGGUCAGCCGCCCCAGGUGGUCGGUGUCGAGCUGCGGACGGGACCAAACGCCGAGCUGUACUGCACUGGGGUGAACCGCGACGUCAUCCUCUGUGCCGGUACGGUUGGCACGCCUCAGCUUCUCAUGCUUUCCGGCCUGGGCCCUGAAGAAGAUCUCCAAAAGCUCAACAUUCCUGUCAUUAAGAACCUGCCUGCGGUGGGGCGAAACGUGAUCGAUCAUGUUUCGUCUGGCCCAAUUCCUGUGCGCACGAAGCCGGGCCUUACCUACGACUUCCUCCGGGGCUUGAUUUCUGGAACGCUCGAGAUGCUCCGAUGGCGCUUCCUCGGGACAGGCCCUUAUGCGUCGAUGCAAUACUCUUCGACGGCAUUCGUCAGGUCUACGGAUAGCGCCCUUCCCUACUACGUGGACGGGAGUGCCGGUGCACCCGUGAAUGACCACGCUUCCGGCCCAGGGGGGCCCGACCUGGAGCUACUGUGGUCCCCACAGGCCGUUUUUGGACGCGGCUUCCCCCAACCUAGUUCUAGCACGGAUGGGGUGACGUUCUCAGCGGUAGCAUUGAAGCCUGAGAGCAGGGGCCAGAUCACGCUCAAGUCUAAUAGCGUCUGGGAUGCGCCUAUCAUCGACCCGAACUAUCUGUCCACCGAGAGCGACAUGAACGUCCUCGUUCGCGGCGUCCGCCUUCUUCUCCGCCUCGCCCACACGGAUCCGGUAGCAUCAAAGCUCGACCUCAAGGCUACUUCUAUCGACCCGUCCAGCCCGUGGUGGCCUGGGGUGGCCGAUCCAAACAAGAUCACCGACCGCGAGAUAAAGGAAAUGCUGCGCCGCACCGCCGUGCCGGCCUGGCACCCGGUCUCGUCUGCCCGGAUGGGCAAGUCGCCAGACGAUAGCGUUGUGGACCCGUCGCUGCGCGUGCACGGCAUCGCCGGCCUACGCUGCGUGGACGCAUCCGUGUUCCCUACCCAGGUGUCUGGGCAUCCAUGCGCGGUCGUCGUCGCGAUGGCCGAGAAGGCGGCGGACAUGAUCAAGGCUUCCGAGGCCUCGCGGGCCUGAGCUGAGUGCCUGGCAUUCCACCUUGUCCCCGCACUGCGAACGAUGAGUGACUCACAAUGGCUUGAUAUCUCCUGUGUCUGCUACGUGUCUCUGCCGCAUAUCGUUUGUGCGCCUUCCACGUGUCUUGCGUUCCCCGAAUGUUAGGACUGUACGUUUCUUAUGAUUCCCUUUAUAUCGCACCGUUUUCUUGGUUACUUGAAGCCGCUCGUCCUAUCUGAACCUACAGGCUAUUUAUGUCGUCCGGCAUCCAGUAAAACCGCCUUCCGACGUGCGCGUGCCUCUGGCUGUCUGGGCGUGUCAUCGAGCGGUCGUCCAGGGUCUUCCGGCUGAAGUGAGGGGCAACU